CUAAAACACGGGUUAGUUUACAAUCAUUCAUCGUACUAUUAGCAAUUAAUACACAGGUCCAAUUAAAAAUGACAAAGUUCUUUGUGGUACUGGUGUUAACAUUAUCAGCUUCUCUAAGCUAUGCAACAAAUAUAUCGGAAUUGUUCAAAAUAUGCCACCAAAGUGAUAAAGAUUUGGAUACCUGUUUAAAAGGGGCCAUUGAGGUUGCAAUCAAAGCAAUUGGAUCCAAAGGAAUCCCAGAUUUGGGUGUUCCUCCGGUUGAACCAAUUGCUGUUAAAGAGAUUACAUUCGGAUCUGGAACUGAUGCAGUUCAAUUGGACCAAACGUACUAUGAUGUCAAAUUACACGGAUUUACAGAUAAUUUGAAGAUAACCAAAGCUCAUUAUGAUGCUGGAAAGAAGAUCUUAACUUUUUCUACUUUCACUCCUAUUCUAAAACAACAGGGAAAAUACGACUUAAAAGGAAAAAUAUUGGUUAUACCGGUAUACGGAAAGGGAGAUUCUCUUGUUACAUUAAAGGAUGUAACAAUGAACCAUGUCAUAACUUUCGAAGAAGAGAAGAAGCAGGGAAAAACAUACCUUAAAGUUAUCAAUUACGAAGGCGAAAUGUUUCUUAAGGGAGCAAACUUCGACUUUAAGAAUUUAUUUGACGGCAACAAACUACUUUCGGAUAAUAUUUUGAAAGUCGUGAACGAGAACUGGAGUGUUAUUAUUGGCGAACUUCGUGAGGGUAUAGUUAAAUCUUACAGCCAAAUAUUCUCGUCGAUUGCACAGUCCCUUGUAAGUAAGGUUCCCGUCAACGAUAUUUUCCCGAGUUAACUACAACGUGUAUUACUAGGUGUGAAGUUACGAUUAAUUAGUAAAGUUUGUUACAGUUAAAAUUGAGUUUUUUUUAAGUUGUUUAUUUGUGCUCCUUACAUAAUAAUAAAUAAAAUACAUAAAUCGAU